UAAGUGUCGAUACAAAGCAGCAGCCAGCAGGCAAAACAAAACGAUUACCGAUCUUUUUAGUUCUGUGAUUCUAAAAAAGCCGCUUCACCACAGAGAGGAUCUGUUAUCUUUGGUGGAGAGUGCAGUGGGCUAGGUCAGGUACAGCACCGUCCCUUUUCAUUUUGGGAUUUUCCGGGUCCUGAAGCACUUUACCUCAUUCCUGAUUCGAUGCUGGAUGGCAGUGCCGAACGGAAAACCCCUCUUUUUAUCCGGAAAUCUCAAUCUAUUUCGCGUGUGUGUUUUUCUACAUUGGUUUCUUUUUUUCUUUUUAUUUAGUUUAGUUGGUGAUUUUAUUCUUUCGACCUGAAUGUUGGUCCAGCGAACAACUGUUAACUGGGACGGAAAGGACAGAGUAAAUAGUAAGGUGGAAAUAAAAAAAAAAGACUGAUUAAUUUUAGAAUCUUGAAUUCCAAAAGUCAGCGUCCAUAUGAUGGCAAACGAGACGGUUAUUCUGAACGUAUAUGAUAUGCUGCUGUCUGGAGAGCCUGUAACUGAGAUGUCUCAUCACUUACCGUAAAUGACAUAUUGGAUAAAUGAAUUCACCACCUCACUUGGAAUUGGCGUUUUUCACUCAGGAAUAGAAGUAUAUGGCAGAGAAUUUGCCUAUGGUGGCCACCCCUAUCCUUUUUCAGGGAUUUUUGAAAUCACGCCUGGAGAUGCAACAGAGCUAGGAGACACAUUCAAAUUCAAAGAAGCCAUAGUUCUGGGAAGCACGGACUUCACAGAAGAGGAUGUUGAACGAAUUGUAGAAGAACUUGGGAAAGAAUACAAGGGAAAUGCCUACCACCUCAUGCACAAAAACUGCAAUCACUUCUCAUCAACACUGUCCGAGAUUCUGUGUGGGAGGGAGACCCCACGCUGGGUGAACCGGCUGGCCUACUUCAGUUCCUGCAUUCCUUUCCUUCAGAGCUGCCUUCCUAAGGAGUGGCUCACACCGGCCGCGCUGCAGUCCAGCGUCAGCCAGGAGCUACAGGGCGAGCUGGAGGAAGCAGGAGAUGCUGCCGCCACUGCCUCCGCACCUUUGCCUUCCUCCUCUUCCACCACCACUAAUGCGAUACCCAGGCCGGGCCACCAUGCGAAGCGAUAAUCCCAGAAAACCGCAGCAAUGACUGAGAUGUAUAAUAUAACAACUGACUCUUACUCAAAACUAAAUUGGCUGAUCUUGAUGACCUUUUGUAGGAAAAGAAACAACAAAAACAACAUAGUUUUAGUUCCUUGGCCUUUCAGUUACAUGCUCAGGAUUGUAAAUUUGUAGUCUGUGUUUUGUUUUUCAAUGGGGGGGGGGGCAGAGUUUCAUCACCUCUUAGAGAUAUAGUAGUAUAUAUAUAUAGUAGGUUUUACAGUGCUAUUUUGUUCUGGUUAGUUACAGUAUUUUUUGGACAUGUUUACAUUGUGUAUAAAACAAAAGCUGCCACUGCAAAUGAGCAUUAGCAAACCCUGUGAAGAGAAAUAAUUUAUUGUGCUCCCAUUAAGUUGAAUGUUAUACUUUUUUUGAGUUGAUCUUUCUUUUGGUGACACCCCCCUCCCCUUGUUGCUCAAAUUGCUCAUGCCUCCUCCUCCAAUUUGUUAGUUUUCAAUGUGAUAUCAAACAUAUUGUGAAAGCAGAGAUGGAUAUAGUUUUAAAUGAAGACUAAUGUCCAGACCAUCAAGCUAAUUUCACUGGGUCUUCCCAAAAUGAAAAGCAAGUGAAUAAUACAGCAGUGUCCCUAAGUCUCCUUUUUUUGGUCUAUCAUUUUAAAACUUUUAAAGGUUUAAUCGCAAUAAUUCUCGGAAGUUUCAGUCUUUUUUUCCCAAACAUACAUUUUUUUUCUGUUACACCAGUCUAAUGGACAAUACUCAUGUAAUGCUCUAAACAUUUUGACUACUCAUGUCAUGUUUUAUCUGACAUACUUGCCUGUUCUAGAAUUCAUACAAUAUUCUCCACAUUUUGAAUGUCAUCUAAUGCAAAUGCAGGAAAAUCCCUGAUAGUAUGAUGUGGGACUGAUUUCCAGUAUUCAUCUUUUAAGGUUAAGUGAAAGGUCCCAUUUCCAAUUUAUCACUUCCUUUUUUUAUGCCAAGCUAUGGCUCAAUAUGCAGUCAGUGAUGAGAAAGAAAACCAAGGCUUUUGCAGAUACGUUCUUAAAAGAGAGACUUUAGGUGCUUGGCUGCCUUUGGGAAAUAUCUUCAUAUUCUUUUCACCACAUAAUUGAAAAAGUUUCUUAGCACCGUACAGCCUCUAUUUACCAUCUCUGCUUUCAGAUUACAUAAGUAGAGCCCCUGUAGCAGACAAGUUUGGCCAUAAACAGCCACCAGCAGCUUUUCCCACCUAAUUAGGCCAGUUGAUUCAACAAUAAAAUCCCAGCAAGCUUUGUGCUUCAGGUAUGUCGAACAGUCACACAAAAAGGGUGCGGCGGUGCACCCAGAAUUUGGCCUGACAGCUGGGGUGCCCUGGUACUCUGUUAAGUUAUUGUACAAAAGUUUUUUUUGGUUUUGUUUGUUUUUGUAUUGCUCUUAUUUUUUAGGUAUUUUUAGGUUAGAUGCACAGUUCUAGUUGGUGUUAAAUACUGGAUGUGACACGACUCCUAUUAAUGACGUUCCAAAUUUCUAAAUUCAUCCCCAGUAAGAGAGUGUUGCCUGCAAAGCCACAUUUCCCACAGAACUACUGACGAGAAUUCGGAAAUCACACAAAUGAAAGAUGUUAUGUUAACUACAAACGUAGUUGUUCCAGGACAGAAUGCCAGAUAAAAAUAGUUUCUGUGGAAACUGUGUUGCAUGUUCAGUGUCUAGGAACCGUAGAUAAAAGAAGGUUUUUGUUACAGCCUGACAUUUUCAAAUGUGGGUUUCACAGUUCUGAGAUUUGCUAAUAUUUUAAUCCAGAUUUUUGUUAGAAAAUGCAUACCUCUCAGUUCUUCUGGUUACCAGAUACCUCUUUCACUUUAGUGGGUAGUGUCAUGCUUAGAUAUUUACAUUUACAGACUGUGUACAUAGGUCAUGGUUUAUUUUUUUUAUUUUUUAUGUUUUAAUGAUUCUGACAAUUUUGUAUUUACCGACCUGUGGGGAGGAAAUGUAUAUGUUACUGACUUUUAUUUGAAGACACCCUGAUUUAGUUGAACAGGAAGACAAUUUGUGUAGUUAAGUGCAACUUUGUUAUUUAAUAUGGUGGUACUUGGCAUGACAUCACAUUUCCCGUGAACUUGCCUGUAGAACUUCUACGAGUGGGCAAGACUGUAUUCAGAGUUUCAACAAAAAGCGAUUUUGAUAUGGCAGCUAAUUUUCAUAGGGAAUUGCUGUUGUGCUCAAAUAACUGGGAGAACCCACAAAUGUCAGGAGUCAUGAGCAGGCAGUGGUUGUGGGACUGCAGCUUCUCAAAACCUGUUUCUCCCAGCAGAUAUCUCUUCAAAUAAAAAAGUACCUCAAUGACAAAAGACACAAUACCAGUAAGGAGACUUGACUGGACAUGGUCUAGUACCACCAUUGCUAACCUACGUCUAUCUCAACUGUGGGAGUGGUGCUUAUUUCAAACUGAGCAGAGGUCUGCUUUUUUUUUUUUUUUAAAACCUUGUAUUUCAGCAAGAGACAGAAGCCAUCCGGGGCUAACUUGCUUAGCAAUAUAAGAAAUGGCCUUCACCAGCAAACUUGUCAAGGUGGAACUCACAUGGUGGGAACUUAAAAUAACUGCUGCUGUGGGUGCCUGUCACUUAAUGUGGCUAACCAACUGUAUUUGUUUUGAUACGUUUUUGACUGCCACUACCCUGCUUUUUAAUAAUAUAUAGUCUUCACAGAUAUGUUAGUACUGUGUGUGUUAAUGUGUGCAUGGUUGCUGGUCACAUGAUUAUAUUUACUAAGUGUUAUGGUGUAAUGGUUGAUGCAAAGGAUCACAGAAACUAUUUUAUUGCAGCAGUAAGAGAACAUUGCUUUGAAAAUGCUACUUUCAUUAGUAGCCUGAAUGCUAGGACAUGGUCAAUAUUCAUAACAUAAAUUGUGGGUCUUGUGAUGGUGGAAUAUUCUCUGGCUGCAUGUUGCAGUCAAAGUUGCAGCUUACAUCAUUGCAAUAUUGGUACAACAUAAUACUAUCUUAGUUGACUGGUUAUAUUGCAUAAGCAUUGGAUCCUCUAAUUUAUAACAAAAUGUGCUUGUCAGUCAUAAGGACCAAACCAGUUAAGUGAUGAAACCCUGCUUUUUCAUUGGCCCAACUUUUCACUGUAUCAUGCCUGCUUUAAAAUAAUUUAAAUUAGCUGGUUUUAACAUUUAUGUAGCAAUAUGUUGCCUAAUGGUCAGGGGUGCAUCGCUGUGACUCGGCCCAUCUAAUCUAUUGCAUUGCCCACAAAUGCAUGGUUCACUUCCUUUAAAAUUAGAUGUACCUUCUCAGUUUACCAAUUCCACAGGAAGUUAGAUUAAAAUGCAGGCUAAAUAGCUCUUGAUAUCCCUAAAAUCUUAUUGCAAAUGAUAGGCUUUACCACUAUAUUUCCAUACUGAAUACCGAAUAACAAAUAUUUUAUCAAAUUUGUAUAAAUAAAGUAAAUUUAGAGGAAAACAUACAAGGAGAAAACACCUACAAUGGUUUGAGGGAAGUGUUCUGGGAAUCAACAAGUCUUUGAGUUCAGCAUUUUAUGCAGAGUUUUAUACACAGGAUUUAUAAUACAGCAGCAGCUGAAUUUGUGGAGGUGUUAUGCAACUGAAAACCUGCAUACCAUAUUUGUUCUUAGAAACGUCGCUAGGUAACAUUUGUAAGAAAAUAUAUUUUGUAUUACAGUGGUAUUAUUUUGAACUAAACAAAGUAACUGACCAUUUCUAAUCUUUUUCGAAUUUAUAAAGGUUUGAGAAUGAAUGUGUUUCAUAUGUUUUUUGUAUCUGAACAUAAUGGUAGUAAAAUGUGCUGGGAUUCUUGUCAUAUCUGUUCAUUUCUCUGUCUUGUACGAUUGCUAUUCACUGAUACAAAGUACUUUUCCAAUGCCUGCUCAAUCGCUGGGACACCAUAGCUGCUGGUCCUGGUAUAAAGUGGGUUCCAAACCAGAUGCAACAGUAUAGUUGGGUACUUUUUUAUUUUUUUUAAAAACAUGUCGAAUUUUGCAAAGUAAUCUAGGAAGAUUCAACAUCCCAUUUAAAGCUAUUCUCCUCAAGGUCUAAAAUAUUUCUGCCCUCUCUUUCCUCAAUGGUAACAUCUCCAUCAACUUUGUGUGGUGAGCUGUUAAAAUAACAGCAAUGCAAUAAGUAAUAUAGGAGUGCUCAGUAAAACCCCAUAUGUAUUGUGUAUUAACAAACAGGUCCAAAAGAAGUCAGUCCAUUCUCUUUUUAAUCCUUUGUUUCAACAGCUACACAUGCAGGCCGUGAUCCACUCAGACUGACUUUCUCUUUUAUCAUGUGCCUUAGAGUGAUAGUUUCAAUACUCUGCUGCAGUAGCCGACAUGUUACUACAUUUAAACAUAUAUAUUUUUAGUUUUAAGUGUCACUGUAUUCAAGACAUUGUAAAAUGUAUACAUAAAACCUAUGUUUAUGAAAA